CCGCAUUCAACAUGUACUCUUACAAUUGGAUGCCUAGAAGCAGAUACAAGCGGCCAGGUCCGGAAUCCCAGUUAAAAGGCACAGUGAGCAAAGCGAACGUACAUUUGCUCUAUUUCGAAGUGGAUGAUGCUUAUAGGAUAUACGUCAACAUAGCCAGCCCCCCAGUGCUGCUGCCCCACUUGCAGGCUACUGUGGAAGUUUUGAACUUAAAAACCUUUAGCAGGUCAACCUACACUGGAAUAAUGGGGCCUGAGACUGUUUGCAGAUACUCCAGCAGCCAGGAUGUAACUGCUGAGCCCUGCACUCAGUUUCUGAUCUCUAGUCAAGUGUACAGUGAUAUGAGGGAAAUCGUGGCUGUGGACUCAGUAGCUAGAAAACUGGAGACAUUUGUGGGGGACAGUGCGGUUUACCUGGCUCUAAAGGCUCUAAAGAAGCACUCGAAAAAACUGCAGAACCUGGAAGUAAAAGUGGUCACUGAUGUGGUUUUUGCCAACGAAAAUUCCUCGCUGUACACAUUCUACGACUUUAAGGAAGUGAGCUGUUUCAAUGUCUACCCCAGCCAAGAUCUCUUGACCCCAGGCGUGGCUAGCGAGUACUUGUUCGGUAUUUUAUCAGUGUCCAACAUCGGCCAAUUUCAGCUUAAGGACAACUCUAAGGAAAUAUUCGUCAAGUUCACCGCUCCUAGUAAAAAUCUCCAAGAUUUCCACAGCAGUUUUGUGCUAAUCAAAAAAUACAUAGUUUUCACGGAAACCUACACUGAUCCAACUGUGCCAACACUGCAAUAUAUCCUAGUGAAUAGUGCGGAUGUUCGUAUCAUCAAACGGGCGGAGCAGGCCCUGAAGCCCGCCUUCUAUGGAAUCGAGCAGGAAUUCCACUGUAAAAUGGCCUUUGAGUACUACCUGCAGCCCCAUAAGAUAUCCCAGGCCAUUGUCGGCUACCAGGGAGGCCCGGAAUGCUGGCUGGAAGCCACAGUGUCGGAUACCGCAAGCUUCAAGUCGGCUGAUAAGGUUUAUGUGGUUAUUCCUGAAGAAUUGCUUCCAAUCUCAGCCUUUCUUAAAGAGGACGGCAUUUAUCGGGUGUUUUGCAAUAGCCGAUGGAAAGUAGGUGACUUGACUAGGUAUCGAGAACUUUACGGGCUGAAAGAGCUAAAACGGGUGGUGGUAGCCGAUAAGGACGCAGUUUUUCAAGAGACCGACUUACCAGCUGUGAAUGCAGCGAGUGCGGAUUUGUGGGGAUUCGACGAAGUCAAAACCGCCAUUUCUCAAACUGACGACUAUUCCAUGAUUUCAUUCACAUUGCCCAUUGCUAGAAAGAGCUUCCAACAGAGCAGCUUCUCCUCGUGGUUCCCCAAAAGGUUCCAAAGCUUGCCCCAUUUCGGGAACGUCGGAAAUCUACAGGAGCGAUUGGCCUUUUUCGAUGAAAACAGUCGUGCUUACAUCGACCUCUACCUGUCCAACAGGGAUAACCAUGUGAGGCCUCUAGGCCUCAUUGAAGGCAUGCUGGUUAAAGUGAAACAUGUUCAGAUCAACAAGCGCAAGUACCUUAGAUCCACUGUAUUUACCAGCUUUGAGCUAAUGGGCUUCAGGCCGCAGCUCACAUUUUCAUCAGCUACAUUGCUCUUCUCCCAACGGGGCGCUUGGAAAUGGCGAAAAUCCACCCCGGAAACCAUACUGAGUGCUUUCCGCCGAAUACCCGUUCAUUGCACUGUCCAUGGGACCGUUUUGUUUCGAUCCAUCCUGGAUCUGCAUCUGGAUACGGUUUGUGUGAGCUGUGGCAGGGAGAUGCAGCACCGGUGUUUAAGGUGCGACUCUUCUGAAGCCCGAGUCGUCAUCUAUAUGGUAAUCCAAGUCCAGGAUUCUUGUCAUUCGGAAUUCACUAUGGAAAUCAACGAAGUUUCCUUUCUACUUGAACUGCUGGGCGUCAACACCGAUGAAGGCCUGGAUCUGUUCACCAAAGAAUGCGUGCGACUGAAAGCCGUUAAAAUCGACUUUGUUGAUCUCAAGCUAACGACUACUGAAGAUUUGUCGCCGCAAGUGAAGCAGCAGAUAGAGAGCCACUGGCGAGAUAAAAUCGGCGUCAAACCACCCAAAACCCCUACUCCUACCACCAAAGACAAGUACUAUGUGCUCUCGAUGUUUCCCUAUCCUUCAGGAAGCCUCCACAUGGGGCACGUAAGAGUGUACACCAUCAGUGACACUAUCGCCCGAUACCAGCGCAUGAAUGGACGCAAUGUGAUCCAUCCGAUUGGCUGGGACGCUUUCGGGCUGCCUGCGGAAAACGCGGCUAUCGACCGGCAGUUGGCCCCUUCCGAUUGGACAGCAAACAACAUAAACCACAUGAAAGCGCAGUUAAAACAGUUGGGCUGCAGCUUCGAAUGGGAGCGCGAGCUGGCCACUUGCGACCCGGAGUAUUACAGAUGGACGCAGGAUUUGUUUUUGAAACUAUACGACGCUGGUCUCGCUUAUCAGAAGGAGGCGUUGGUUAAUUGGGAUCCGGUGGAUCAGACUGUGCUGGCCGAUGAGCAGGUGGAUGAGAACGGCCUGUCUUGGAGAUCAGGAGCUAAGGUGGAGAAAAAGCUGCUAAAACAGUGGUUUAUCCGGACGACAAAGUUUGCCAAGCAAUUGUAUGACGGGCUGGACGACGCAGUGCUGCACGACUGGAGGGACAUUAUCAAGCUGCAAAAACACUGGAUUGGGAACUGUGAUGGGGUGAACUUCGACUUCAAAGUGAACAGCAGUUGCAGCUCCACAUCCGUUGCAACCUUUUGGACGUCCACUCCGGAGCUGAUAGAGGAAGCGAAAUUCGUCGCCGUGACCAGCAACCAUGUACUGGCUAAGCAGGAGGGAGUUACCAGCGCCGAUGGCACUGUGAAGCUGCAAAGCGUCGUAACUAAUCCAUUUAACAAAGAGCAGUUGCCCUUGUAUGUGACCAACGACAUCGAGUUUGCUGAUGAGACUGAUAGUUUUAUAGGCAUCCCUGCGGGCUGCGACCAGGCGUCUCAAUUCGCUCUGGCGCACAAAAUUCCGUUCAGCCCACACGCGUGUGUGACCAGCGACGAAGAACUGGAGAAAAAACGUCAGGAAUUGUGCCGAAGAGCGCAGGAAAUGAACGCUGGCGGUCACUGGUCAAGCGCGAAGCUUCGCGAUUGGCUAAUUUCCAGACAGAGAUACUGGGGCACUCCGAUACCGAUCGUUCACUGCAAAAACUGCGGACCAGUGCCGGUUCCGCGCGAAAAGCUCCCUGUUGAGCUGCCCAAACUGUCCCAGCUCUCCAGCAAGGGAAAGUCGCCUUUAGAGGACGUCUCCGAAUGGGUCAACACAAAUUGCCCGCAAUGUAACGGCGAAGCCAAGCGGGAAACCGACACUAUGGACACUUUUGUGGACAGUUCCUGGUACUUCUUGCGGUACCUGGACCCGCAGAACUCCAAGCAAAUGUUUGAUAAGGAAAAGGCUUUUCAAAUGACCCCAGUUGAUCUGUAUAUUGGCGGCAAAGAGCACGCCGUUUUACAUUUGUACUACGCACGAUUUGUCAGUCAUUUCUUGCACUCGUUGGGGCUGCUGCCCGAAAGAGAGCCGUUUAAGCGGCUGCUGGUUCAGGGAAUGGUGAUGGGGCGCAGUUUUCGGGUGAAAACCACCGGCCAAUAUCUACCAGAAGACCAAGUCAAGGUGAUUGACUUGAAGAAAGGCAAAGCGGUGAGCAAAGAAACCGGAGAUCCCGUGACGAUUUCUUGGGAGAAAAUGAGCAAAUCGAAACACAACGGCGUGGAUCCCGAGGAAAUGUUCCGGGAAUAUGGCACGGAUACCACUCGACUGCUGAUUCUGGCCGAUGUGGCUCCGACAUCGCAUAGAAAUUGGAAUUCAAAUACUUUUCCUGGCGUGCUGAACUGGCAACGGCGGCUUUGGAUUACCGUGCAGGACUUCAUCAAGCACCGCACCAACCCGCCCGCAAUUGCCGCCGACGAGGAGUUUAAGAACCAGGAGGACUAUUUGUGGGAUUCGCGCAACUUCUACACCAAAGGCGUCUCGUUUAACUACAUUGUUUCGCAGCAGAUGAGCGUGGCAGUUUCCAAGAUGCAAGGCCUGACUAACAGCCUUAGACGAGCUCCUGUUGCAGUUUUUUGUCAUAGUCGACAGUUCGAACGCGCGUUGGCCGCCCAAAUCAUCCUUCUGGCCCCGAUGGCGCCCCAUUUUGCAUCUGAACUAUGGGCCGGAUUUACUUCAGCCCCCAAUCGCCUUAAUCAGUCAACCGAGAUUUUAUGGGAUCGGCCGGUUUUGGAGCAACAGUGGCCGGAAACUGAUAUGAACUAUCAGCUGGACCUGGUCUGCCAGGUGAACGGCUGGGAAAAUUGCACAGUGAAAUUCGAACGGCGCAUCCUGGAUCGGCUGGAUAAGGAGGAGGCAGUGCGGGUGGCGAUGAGCCAGCAGGCGAUCGAAUCGACCCUCAGAAUGAGGAACGUGUUGAAUGUGAAGUUUACAGUGUACCCGGGGGUUGAUAGUGUGGUGAACUUUAUGACCGACCAGCCGCCCCCUAAGAAGAAACCCGUGGAACUUUGAAUAUCAUCACCAGCGGAAUGCACUACGGCUGGCCAUCACCAUCUCUCCCCAAGCUGCUGAACGGUUCUUCGCCAGUUGCUGUUACAAAUGACGAAGGUUCCUGGAUGGCGGUCAUGCCCCUGCUAGGCGCCCUACUAGGCUCCCUGAUUGUAGGCACCACCGUGG